CGUCCGCCCAGCUCCGCCUUUGCCUCCAAGGUUUUGCGGACUUGUGCGGCAUCCUGCUCGGUCUGCAGGUUUUGCUUCCGGUGCGGAGGUCAGGGACAAGAUGGUGCCACCGGUGCAGGUCUCUCCGCUCAUCAAGCUCGGCCGCUACUCCGCCCUGUUCCUCGGUGUGGCCUACGGAGCCACGCGCUACAAUUACCUAAAACCUCGGGCAGAAGAGGAGAGGAGGAUAGCAGCAGAGGAGAAGAAGAAGCAGGAUGAACUGAAACGGAUUGCCAGAGAAUUGGCAGAAGAUGACAGCAUAUUAAAGUGAGUGACCCUGCGACCCACUCUUUGGACCAGCAGCGGAUGAAUAAAGCUUCCUGUGUUGUGUGA